AUGAUAACCCUAAAAUGUCAGCGAUUUGACAUGAAGUACAUGAACUUCCGUGUCAAAGCCUGUAAUAAAGCAGUUAGUGGAGAUUUCUCAGAACCUGUCACACUGGAGACGCCAGCUUUUUGCUUCCAGCUUGAUGCUGGGAGCGCUCACCAGAACUUGCGAGUGGAAGAGAGUAAUGUAGAAUGGGAUGCUACAGGUGGCAAAGUGCAGGAUAUGAAAAUCAGAGAGAAGGAUGGAAGGGGCAGAGGGGCUUCUCCCUGCAAUUCUCCUGCAAGUUUAACACAAAAAGGACCUUCAAUCCUGUCGGUCUACAUAAGGGUCUCCUCUAACACAAAGAAAGUAAAGCACAGUACCUUAGAGCUCACAGCUCCUUUUACCCUGCAUCAGCUCUUCAGAGAGUCUCCUUUCUCUAUCCAGCCAGUAUCCAGACUGAGGCACCAGACUUCCCCAAAACACGAGCCAGCUGAUUCUAAUUAUGCUUUUUGCUUCCAGCUUGAUGCUGGGAGCGCUCACCAGAACUUGCGAGUGGAAGAGAGUAAUGUAGAAUGGGAUGCUACAGGUGGCAAAGUGCAGGAUAUGAAAAUCAGAGAGAAGGAUGGAAGGGGCAGAGGGGCUUCUCCCUGCAAUUCUCCUGCAAGGUCUGUUCAGUCACCGAAGAGAAUGCCUUCAGCACGAGUUGGAAGAGACAGGUUCACUGCAGAGUCCUAUACUGUACUUGGAGAUACUCUAAUUGAUGGAGGAGAGUGUUAUUGGGAGGUGCGCUUUGACAAGGACAGCAAAGCCUUUGCAGUUGGGGUGACUUACCGUAGUCUGGGCAAGUUUGACCAAUUAGGGAAGACUUCGGCAUCUUGGUGUCUCCAUCUUAACAACUGGCUGCAGGUGACAUUUGCCGCUAAACAUGGAAACAAGGCCAGAAUUUUGGAUGCUGCUAUACCAAAUAGGAUUGGGUUACACUGCAAUUAUGAUGAAGGUAUGGUGUGGAAAUUUUUCAGUAAAUACUGGACUCCAGGUUCCCAGCUGUGUGAAAAGCCUUCAGAAAAGGAAUAG